AUGGGAAGAGAAUAGAGCCAAAUAUCUAGAAGAACUUGCAAUGGAUCUAAUUGAAAAUCAGUUCAAGCGUUUGGUUAUGGACGAUACGGUUCUUAAUUUACAUGUGUACGUCGAAGAUGUGUACGAAACACGAAUUGGCCCGAAUGAUGCCAAUCUGAGCAUGCUGAAGAUGAUGAAAGCAAUAGAGGAAAAGUAUCGCCAUGAACUCUUAAGUCUUGAUAAGGUUCCCAGUGAACAAGUUCAAAUGUUGGAGGGAAGCUGUUACGAAGAACAAAUAAGAGUGAUGCGAUUAGCGGAAAAGGCAGCCAAGCAGUAUGCAGAGUUAGAAAGACUGACGUACAGACUGAAUAAAGCAUUCGCUCCACCACAUGAAAAAUUUCAUGGAAAAGAGGCAAAGAAGCGUUCACGACCAAUUGAACCCCCACAGGAAUUAGAAGCCCCUCCACGUAGUCUUACAGAAGAGGAAGAGGAAUAUUUAGAGUUCUUUACUGAUUUCUGUAAACAAACAGAUGAUCCUGAAAAUUAUGGUAUCAAUACUAAAGAUGGGGGAAGCGGUGCUGCUGUAGCUACACCGUUUUAUGAGCAAGAUAGCAAAGCCAAAUAUGGCCGACUCAAAGGAUUAUCAGUUGUGGAAAGAAUAAUCAUAACGAAUACAUAAUAAUCCGUUGAAGUGUAACUCGAUAUAAUUAUUAGAAAGAAGUUCAGAACAAA